AUGUUGUUGCCUUGAUCAACAGGCAUACACCAGUCAAAUUGUAGUUAUGGCAAUGUUGGCCCUUGCUGCUGGAGGAGACAUGAUUUCAAAUGAAGCAAGGAGAGAAGCAAUAAUAGAUGGUCUAUUAGACUUGCCAAGCAAAGUGAAAGUGGUUCUCAAGCUGGAUGAGGAAAUGAAAGAUCUUGCCGAACUGCUCAUUAGUGAACAAUCACUUCUUGUAUUUGGAAGAGGAUAUAAUUAUGCAACAGCUCUAGAAGGCGCCUUGAAGGUAAAGGAGGUUGCUCUUAUGCAUAGUGAGGGAAUUCUUGCAGGUGAAAUGAAACGCGGACCUUUAGCAUUAGUGGAUCACAAGCUUCCAAUUGUUGUGAUUGCUACUCGUGAUGCUUGUUUCAGCAAACAACAAUCAGUCAUCCAGCAACUUCAUGCUAGGAAAGGUCGACUAAUAGUUAUGUGCACGAAAGGAGAUUCUGCAUCUGUAUCAGUUGGUGGAUCUUGUCGAGUAAUUGAAUUUCCUUAUGUUGAGGACUGUCUCUAGCUUGUACUUAAUGUAAUUCCAUUGCAGUUGUUGGCCUACCAUCUAACUGUUCUAGGAGGUCAUAAUGUUGACCAGCCCCGAAAUCUUGCAAAGAGUGUGACAACCCAAUAGGAAAGCAGCUUAGGAAAUUCUUAAGCUUCAUGAUCAGACUUUAUUCUCAUCUUGGCUGGCCCUGUCUCUUGCAUAUACCUUUUCUCUUUUCUUUAUUGCUGGACAGUGCGGUCUAUGGCGUCCCAUUUCUUUGAGACAGAUGAUUUGACUCUCCUUGUAUGAGGCAGCAAAGAUAGUUUGUCUGGUAGAAGUUCCUUUUCCAUUCCCUUGAUCCCAGGGAAGAAGAGCUUUAAUUUAACUUUGUUCAGAGUCCUUGGUUUUAGUUUGUGUGGAUGGUACGUGCAA